AUGAAGCUACUCUCGUCGUUCAUCAUUCCCGAGGCCGUCGUGCGCAAUCCACACGCGUCCCUCUUCGUGCUAUUCAUUUCUGCAUUCACACUGUUCGCGCUUACGGGCGAGGACAACGACCUCAUUCGACCAAGGCGAAAGAAAUCACUCUUCAAGCGUAUCUUCCAUGUCUUUGGUGAAGAUGAGAGCCCUACACUCGACGUGCAGGGCGUAGUAGAGGGCACGGCUUUGGCGGCAAUGGCCGAGGAGCAAGAUCCCGCUGCCAUUCAAGAGGCACUGGAGAAGCUGGUCAAGCAGCUGGAGCAAGAACUGUGCAACGAAAGGCAGGACAAGGAGCGAAUGCACGAAAGCAUGAAGAAAGAAGAGAUGCUGCGACAAGAAGCCGAGGAGGACCUGGAAUUGGUGAAGCAAGAGUUGAAUCGCCAGGUCCAGCUCUACCGGGUCCACAUGCGAGAAGAGCGGGAGAAGGUGAUCGCGUUGGAGAAGGAGCUGCAGGGCCAGUCAAUCCACACACAACAGCUCGAAGCGAUGCUCCAGCUACGCGACGGGCAAAUCGAGGAGCUCGAGGAGUCUCUUCGGCAAGCGGCCGACCAGGAGAAGGGGCGCAGCGCAACUCAGCUUAACGGAGAAGGCAGCGGAUCGCCAUCGCCCAACUCCUCCCGGAGUGCAGACAAGAAGCGAGUAUUCACCAUCAUGUAG